AUGUCUCCAAGAAUUGAUUCCAGCUGGCUUGACGUUGCUGUUGGUGACAAUAAAACCUUCAUUAUUCGAGACUAUGGCCAAUUAGAAUACAUCGUCUCUGGGUUGCCAAACCCGAAGCAACAGAUUCCAAAGAUCUCAGUAUUCCUAGGGGGCGGCACUAAAGAUUCUGCUCUCCAAGCGCUUUUCCCAUACAAUAACAUUCGAAGGACUCGAUCCACUGCCAGUAUUGGCUUGCGGGUAGAUAACCUCUCAGUGGAGAACGGAGAGCCUUAUUUAUUCGUCGACGGCGAAGUGGGCCAGUCUAUUUCGAGCCCACACCAGGCACAGGCUACGCCAGGUCCAGGGGUCCAAGACCACCCAAUCGCAUGGAAAGCUGCCUCAGCACAAGCUGCCGUCUCAACAAUUUUCUCCCGCCUCGUGUUCUUAUUUGCCGAUGUUGUUUGUAUUUUUGUCGAUGAUUUUCCCAGUAUCAAAUCAUGUGCACGAUUCUUGCUUGAGUGUGGAACUAAAAGAUCGGCAUCAUCGCUUCCAGUUGCGGUGAGGCCCAGGGUCAUUGUAGUAAUGGGCGGCAGUUCGGAUCGUGCCAGGGAACAGGCUGAGGAGUUCAAACGAGUAUUACGUGAUGAAAACUGUGAUCACUUACCCCGAUCAUUCUCUGGGGUGAAUUUCUUAUCCGUCGACCGUUCCACCGACGCAUGUUUCCGUGAUCGCCUCCGUGCGUCGAUCAGAGGACGCCUGGAAGAUAUGCGGGAGGCUCGGCGCGACAACGGGGCUCUUUUUAGCGGGUUGCAUCUCCAAGGUCUUUUUGAUUUGGCAGUCAAGCACCUAGCUCUAUGUAAAGACUCCCCUUUUAACUUUAUAAAGGCGACGCGUGAAGGAAACCCUGUUUCCCAUGGAUUAAGUCACCAUAUAUCCCACUAUUUCGAUAUAGGAAAUCGAGGAGGAUGUAGCUUGGGAACUCUGGUAUCAUCUACCGCAUCCGCGCUGUUGAUGGACCACUAUCUCCCAGACAACAUGUUACUAGAGCCGAGAGCUGUUUUUCGCACACUCUAUCGCUCUCCCAUCAUCCGUGGGAUGCGAGACUAUGAGGGUCAGAUGGGUCAGACGGUUUUCGGCACACCGGUUGAUGAUAUAACGGGUCAAGUGGAGUCGGAGUUUGUCAGCCAGUUCUACUCGGUAGUUUCUCAUGGAACGCUUACUGCCGAUCACCGCCGGGAUCACCUACUGACGAUAAACCACGAAUUGGGAAAAGUUCAAUCGGCAAAGAUCUGCCUCUACUGCCUAGUUCGCACUGCCCAACACCCGCAGUCUUGCCACCACGCGCUCUGCGAUCAAUGCGCGCAGAUAUUUGGAUAUCCUGCGCAUGAUGCCGAAUAUCAGUUCACGGUCUCUACAUGUCUUAUCUGCCUUUCUGGGGGUACCAUGGUCAUCGACGUCCUGCCCCCAACCAUGAAUCCCACGAUUCUAGCGAUCGACGGCGGAGGUGUCCGCGGCGGCAUUCCAUUGGAGUACCUUUUGCUGAUUCAGGAAAGCCUUGGACCUCAGUGUAAGAUACAGGAACUCGUUGAUUUGUCAGUAGGGUCCAGCUCCGGUGGUCUGAUAAUUUUGGGGCUGAUGGGUAUGGGUUGGGAUGUGUCCACCUGCUCACAGGUAUUUGAUCGUCUCGCACGGCGUAUAUUCCGAAAUCGACGGCGGAUGAUGCUUUCAAGGAUCUUUCGCUUUAUUCUUGGUCGAGAUUCCGUACUAGGAGGCAUCCUCCAGUGGGUGUCAUGGCUCCUCCAUGAUAGUUGUUAUGACCCGAGGGUUUUCGACGCUAGCCUCCGAGAGGCAUUUGGGGAAUCCCAUCGUAUCUUCGACGUAGUGGACACCGGGUCUGGAUUCCACUCAAGAUACAAAUUUGGUGUUAUCGCAACUACUAUCUCUAAAGAGACUAAGUCGUUUGUUUUUGGAAAUUUCAAUAGUGCAGAUAUGUCUUUGGGAGAACAUGAACAUGAACUAUUUAGAGCUCAUAAUAUUCAUGGUGAACCGUUGAUAUGGGAAGUGGCUAGAGCUACAGCCGCGGCGCCAUUGGACGGCUUUCUUCGCAGGGGCUACGAUGCCUUGAUGUCCAACUUGGAUACCGAACCAAAGUGGUUAGAACUGAAAAACCAGCUUGACGACGAUGUAAAGGAUGACUACCUACGGUUAGACGUUAAUUUGAGAGAUAUUCCGUGCACAAUUGACGACGCCAGCGCAAUGGAUGACUACCGCAAUCUGGUUAUUGCCCAAGCUGGCACUGCCCGGCGGGCCAGGGAGGUAGCCACGGCCCUUCUUGUAGCUCGCUUUUAUUUUGAGUUGGAUGGCCUCUCACCGCAGCUGGUUCACAACUCGUGCUGGUAUCGCGGCACAAUCCGCUGUAAAGGCCCGGCCAAGAAGAUUUUAGAGGCCCUCCAGAAACUCUACUCCACCGACGCGGAUUUCGUUACCGAUACUGGCUUCUUAGGCCAGUUUGGUGCAUUGGAAGACUGUUGUGCUCAGUGUGGACGCUAUGUUAAGUCCGUUUCUGUUUUUAUUCAUCAUCCCAAAGAGCCCUUCAAUAUCUACAUAAGGACUGGCCGACAGAAGCGGUGGAGGAUUAGUGGGUUCCCGGCAAGUCUGGCCUCAUUCAUGGAGGUUGAAAAUUUACAUCGGGCCUUUGGACGACCGAGUCAUGGCCGACCCGCUGCAGCCCCCUGUACCGCUUGUGAUUCCUGGGACGCUCGGUUACAAGGCAAGGGCCGGAAGCGUACACGUGGGUCAGCGACGGAUGCAUCGGGAAUAAAACGUCUCUGUAUCGUGGGGGAUGUCCAAGACUAG